UCACAAUCCACCUCUUCACCUUCCAAAUUCAAGCAAUCGUAAUCGGAAAUGGCUGCCGCCAGAUUCAUCAAAUGUGUUACCGUCGGCGACGGUGCCGUCGGAAAAACUUGCAUGCUCAUCUCCUACACCAGCAAUACCUUCCCCACCGAUUAUGUGCCUACGGUGUUUGAUAACUUCAGUGCGAACGUGGUGGUCGGUGAGAGCACUGUUAAUCUCGGCCUUUGGGAUACUGCAGGUCAGGAGGAUUAUAACAGACUGAGGCCAUUGAGUUACAGGGGAGCAGAUGUCUUUUUAUUGGCUUUUUCACUUAUUAGCAGACCCAGCUAUGAAAACAUCUCCAAGAAGUGGAUCUCGGAGCUGAGACACUAUGCUCCAACCGUGCCGAUUGUGUUGGUGGGAACCAAACUAGAUUUACGCGAAGACAAGCAAUACUUGAGUGACCAUCCAAAUGUGACACCCAUCACAACUUCUCAGGGGGAAGAACUGAAGAAAGCUAUCGGUGCAGCUGUAUACUUAGAGUGUAGCUCCAAGACUCAACAGAAUGUUAAGGGGGUGUUUGAUGCUGCAAUAAGAGUAGUUUUACAACCUCCAAAAUUGAAGAAAAGGCGAAGCAAACAACGACUGUGUGUCUAUCUUUAGACCUGGUUCUUGUGCAUUUACAUGUAUAAUGGUUUUUUUAUGUGUAACGUCUAUUCGUUUUUUUUCUUUCUAUUUGUUUCCUCAUUUAGAACUUUAAUGGUUUAAUGAAAUCCAAAGAUAUCAAACGGGGUUCCUUG